GUACUUCACCGGAUAUGCUGCAUGCUACGAGGCGAAACGCCACGUGACAUUCCUGUCGGGUCAUGUGACCGCGUCUUCCUCGCUCAACUUUUUCCUGCCCGUAGAAAUCCCAAAACAAACGAAACAUGGCGGACUAUGACGAGCGGCAGAGCCUGCUGGGAGAUGAGAGCGACGGCAGAGAGGCGGACAGGGGACCCGGCAGACCGAUGCCGGCUAUCUGCGACCCCAGCCACUUACUGCACCGGGUGGUGGUCCUGGUGUUCAUGUGCUUCUUGGGAUUCGGAAGCUACUUCUGUUAUGACAACCCAGCUGCACUUCAAACUCAAGUCAUCCGGGAUCUGAACCUGAACACUAAAGAGUUCAUGCAGCUGUACGCCUGGUACUCUUGGCCCAACGUGGUUCUCUGCUUCUUUGGGGGAUUCAUGAUUGACAGGGUUUUUGGCAUCAGGUUGGGAACUAUCAUCUUCUCCCUCUUUGUCUGUGUUGGACAGGUGAUAUUUGCCACAGGAGCUUGGUGGAAUAAGUUCUGGCUGAUGGAAGUUGGACGUUUUGUAUUUGGUAUUGGAGGAGAGUCCUUGGCUGUAGCCCAGAACACCUAUGCAGUGAACUGGUUCAAAGGAAAGGAGCUAAAUCUGGUGUUUGGCCUUCAGCUCAGCAUGGCUCGACUGGGCAGCACAGUGAACAUGAACAUCAUGGGCUCGGUGUACAGCCAAGUGGCAGACCUCGUUGGCUCUCCAGGACACACUGCACUGGGUGCAUCACUCAUGAUAGCUGCUGUGACCUGCCUGUUUUCACUAAUCUGUGCCUUGGUGUUGGGGUUCCUUGAUAAAAGAGCAGAGAAGAUCCUCCACAAGGAAGAAGGCAAAACGGGUGAAGUGGUCAAGCUGACAGAUGUGAAAGACUUCCCCUUACCCCUGUGGCUCAUCUUUAUCAUCUGCGUGGGCUACUAUGUCGCCAUUUUCCCCUUUAUCGGACUGGGACAGGUGUUCUUCAUUGAAAAAUUCAACUUCUCCCCAGCUCAAGCCAGAGCUGUCAACAGUAUUGUGUACAUCAUCUCAGCCCCUGCAUCUCCAGUUCUGGGCUUUAUGGUUGAUAAGACAGGGAGGAAUGUGAUUUGGGUGAUAAUAGCCGUGGUCACCACACUCUGCGCUCACAUGAUGCUGGCCUUCACCUUCUGGAACCCCUGGAUCGCUAUGUCCCUGCUGGGUUUAUCCUACUCAUUACUGGCCUGUGCACUCUGGCCCAUGGUGGCCUUUGUGGUACCUGAGCAUCAGCUGGGGACAGCCUAUGGCUUCAUGCAGUCGAUCCAGAACCUGGGGCUUGCUCUCAUUGCCAUGGCAGCAGGAGCCAUCCUGGACAGCAGAGGAUAUCUGCUUUUGGAAGUGUUUUUCUGUGCCUGCGUCUGCAUUGCACUGAUGGCAGUGGUGACGCUGUACUUUGUGGAUUAUCUCAGAGGAGGAGAUUUGAAUCGUUCAGCCGCAGCCAGAGCCAAACUCCAGAAAGAAGCCACUUCAGAAGCAGAAUGAUGAUGAUGAUGAGGGAACACACAUACUCCUGGGCUUCAGAGCCAGCAGUCUGCACUGUUCUCCCCAGAGAUAUCAAACAACUGCCACGGGGCAGGACUGCACUACUGACUCCGCCCAGUGCUGUCACCUGUGGCUCUUCCCACCUGAACUGACUCAUUAUGUCCCUAUCGGGACACUGACAAAUGACACAUCCCAGUUUGGACUCCACAGCACCUCUUCGACUUCUCAUACUGACUUCAUCUUUUCUGAUAUUCGCCACUAGUGUGGGUGUGUGUGGGUGUGUGGGUGUGUGGGUGAAUGUGUGUGUGAGUCAGAUUUUUGUAAGUUACAGAAGAAAGUUAAGAUUCCAUUUUAAAUAUCCGGCAGAAGACGAGACUUCUGUGGAAAAGAUUCUUAUAAUAAUCCAAUUGUUUUAUAUGUACAUAGGUUUUUAUGGGGUUUUAUUUCUUUUUUAGUUUUACAAAUUGUUUUCAGCUGGACUCUGUUACUUGCCUUAUCACAGACAACUCAGCAGUUAUAUACAUGCAUUCAUUUGUCAGCAUUCACAAUAAUUGCAAAAUUCUUCCUUAGGCAAAGCGAGCUCGUAUUCAACUUUAAUCACAGGCAUCAUUGAUCUUUUUAUGGCGGAUAAUCUGAAAAAGAGCAUAGCUCUUUAUUGUUUAAAUCUUUAUUGGUCAAUUCUUUUAAUUCUUAAUUCCUUUGUCUGCUCUUCGCUGGUUUUCGGAAGUUCAUAAAAAUUAAUUUUGUGUUGCAUCAUCGAGUGGUACAUUACUGUAAUGAUAAGAAAGAUACGAGAAAGAGAGAGGCACGCUUUUGAAUGCGUCUACCCGUGUAAUGAUAUUCACAAUUUAAACUUUUUACACUUUUUAUUAAUGUGACCUUUUAAAUAAUCGGUUGCACAUAAUAAUUGUGUUUUCCAGAGCGUGUUUUACUAAUUUAUCAAACUCAGGUAAUUAACUUGUUGUAAGCACUGCCCUAAUUUGUUACUUACUUCAUCCGAGCAGUGACACAGAAGUAUUCAUGCACUCUGUUCAGUUCGCACCAUUCCAGUAACGUAGAAGGAUAUUUGUCUCCCUGUGUUGUUAUCAGGGUCGCAGACUGUGGAUGAUAAGCAUUCACUACCUCAGUUGGGCAAAUAACUCAUAAAAGCAUGAAGAGUAACUCAACACCUUUUUGACCUGCCAUGCUUUAACUACAUUUUGCUGCAGUGAUGUUUGGUGCAAAAGAUCACCGCACCUCUCCAUGAUGAUGCUGCUGUGUGACCAGAGGUAAAACUUGACUUGAAACGCAGCCUUUCAUUCUGGUGUUGAGUUACUCUUUAAUGGCAAAAGCCCAACACGCGUAAGAAGACGGUCAGUACUAAAGUUAAAAUGUUGUGAUCGCACAUUAAAAUGACCACUGUGUCAUAAACCUGUCACUCAUUUGCACUAUGGUGUUAUGACAGCAGUGCAGUGUUUGCCGAGCAUAAACUACCAAGUGGUAACUGAUGUUGAGCUGUGACUAAAAAAGUAAGUCACUUAAAAAAAAAAUAUUUUUCUGUUGAACCAAAACACAUCUGAUUCCUUCUUGUUCAUGGAACAAUGGCAUUUAAUUAAACCCAAAAGUUUUGAAAGCC